GCAUAUGCUUUUAUAUUGAACCUUGCCUGAAAGAAGGCAGAUCUGCGACACAGUGAGGGUGGAGCUGAAGGGCAUUAGGAGGGUCUGGGAGUCGCUGGGCAGAAGACAUCAGAGCAGGCCCUUCCUGAUUAAAUAUUGUGGGACUGGUUAAACCAGAGGAUUUUGAUAUGGAUUCUCAUUUGUAGCCCAUUGUCAUGCAACAUGAAGGGCUUGUGACCCAAAUUAAUUAGCUAAUAUCUGUAGAGUAAACUGAAGACUACAGGAUGAAAAAUUUGGUAUGAAGAGAGGGUACUGCUAAAGGGAAGAAGGCUUCCUAAUUGUGGUUGAUUUGAUGACUGAUCCCUGUUGGUGUUCAUCUGAUAUUUAUUUCUGCACUGUCUGCUAAACCAUCAUUUAUCAUGAGGUCAUUUGUCAAGUCCUGGAUUCCUCAGUGCUUGCAGAUUCUCAGGUCGCCUUGCAGAUUAUUCCAUGGAUGUAACAGGCUGCUUACAUCUCAGGUUAUUUCAUACUAUGACUCUGUAAACCGGUGUGAAAAGGAACUGCCAGAAUAUUUCAACUUUGCAAGUGAUGUCUUGGAUAAGUGGUCACAACUGGAAAAGGAUGGAAAACGACCAGCAAACCCAGCUUUUUGGUGGGUAAAUGAUGAAGGAGAAGAGGUGAAAUGGAGCUUUGAAGAGUUGGGAUUUCUGUCCAGGAAAACAGCUAAUAUACUUUCUGAGGCAUGUGGCUUGCAGAGAGGAGACAGAAUGAUAGCAGUUCUGCCUCGUGUUCCUGAAUGGUGGCUACUGAAUGUGGCCUGUAUGCGAACAGGAAUUGUCUUUAUUCCAGGAACAUCCCAAUUAACAGCCAAAGAUAUUUUAUACCGACUCCAGGCUUCAAAGGCCAAGUGCAUCGUUACUAGUGAUGCACUGGCACCUGCAGUGGAAUCUGUCAUGUCUGAAUGCCAUUUUCUGAAAACCAAAUUAAUUGUAGCCAAAGGGAGCCGAGAUGGGUGGCUGAACCUCAAAGAACUCUUUGUGGUGACAUCUGCUGACCAUAAAUGCGUCAAGACAAGAAGUCAAGACCCGAUGCUGAUCUAUUUUACUAGUGGAAGUACAGGCUCUCCAAAGAUGGUGGUACAGUCCCAUGGCAGUUAUGGCAUUGGAUUUGCAACCAGUGGCAGGUACUGGAUGAACUUGACUCCCUCAGAUAUAAUGUGGAAUACCUCUGAUACUGGCUGGGUAAAGGCAGCUUGGAGCAGUGUUUUUGCACCAUGGAUCAAUGGAUCAUGUGUUUUUGUACACAGUUUGCCAGAGUUUAAACCAGCAGUUAUUGCAGAGACUCUCUCAAGAUACCCUAUCACCACCUUUUGCACUGCCCCCACUGCCUACCGCAUGCUUGUCCAACACUGUCUGAGCAGCUACAAGUUCAUGAGUCUGAAACAUUGUUUGUCUGGAGGGGAAGCACUCAAUCCUGAAGUGAUGGAGCAGUGGAAAAUCCAAACAGGGCUGGAUAUCUAUGAAGGCUAUGGCCAGACUGAAACAGUAACAAUAUGUGCCAAUAUGAAAGGAAUGAAAAUUAAACCUGGCUCUUUGGGAAAAGCUGUUCCCCCUUAUGAUGUGCAGAUCAUAGAUGACCACGGUACUGUUGUGCCUGUCGGAAAAGAAGGCAACAUCGCUAUUCGAGUUCAACCUGAACGACCAUUCUGUAUGUUCUCUGAGUACUUGGAUAAUCCAGAGAAAACUGCUGCGUGCAUGUCUGGAAACUUUUAUGUCACUGGGGACAGAGGGAUUAUGGAUGAGGAAGGAUAUGUCUGGUUUGUUGGAAGAUCUGAUGAUAUAAUUAAUUCUUCUGGGUAUCGUAUUGGUCCCUUUGAAGUUGAAAGUGCCUUAAUACAGCACCCUGCAGUCAUGGAGUCAGCUGUUGUCAGCAGUCCUGAUCCAGUUCGAGGGGAGGUAGUCAAAGCCUUCGUUGUUUUGGCUCCUGCUUUUGUAUCACAUGAUCCAGAAAAACUAACUCAAGAUCUUCAGCAACAUGUCAAAAAGGUGACUGCUCCUUACAAGUAUCCAAGAAAGGUGGAAUUUGUUCAGGCUCUGCCAAAGACAGCUACUGGGAAAAUCCAGAGAAAGGUUCUAAGGAACAAAGAGUGGGAAAAAGCAUAAGAUUGAUGGAAAUGGAGGAAGAGGGGAAAUUUCCAUCAUCCAUACCAGUCAUAGCUGUGUUUGGACUUGGCAUGUUAUCAUGACCCAGAGCACUAAGAGAUUGUAUGGAAGAACAAGCUACAGGGGACAAAAAGUUGGUAACAUUCAUGUGACUUGAGGACAUGUGAUAUUAGAACCACUUUUACCAUUGACCUGCAAUUUUUCAAAUGGAAGAAGAUGCAAGUAAUUGUGAAUGAAGCAUGAAAGAGACAAGGGAGAGAUUGAAGAGUGUACAAAAGUUUAUUUUUUUUUUUUACUGGAAUUAAUAUAAACAGCAGCUUUAUUUAAAAAAAAAAAGUCUACAACAAUUUUUACUAUUACAAAUAACUAAGUUAAUAAAAAAAAUCUUUACCUGUAAUGAG